UUCAUUCACAAAUCAAUAAAGUAUCAACGAGAUAUGGACACACAGCAAACUACAUAUCUUCAAGAAACAAAAUUUAUUGUAUUGGCGGUAAAACUGAACAAGACACUAUCACUAGCGAUGUACUUUCUUUGGAACUAGCUUCAAGUUUAGCAAUAGAGUCGGCGAGUUUCGAAAAUUUAACGAUAUCCGGGAAAGUCAUUCCGUCAUUAGCUUGGGCGGCUUCGGCUGCUAAUAAGACACACUUGUUUCUGUAUGGUGGCGUAAAGUUUGAUGAAAUGCAAAAUUUUGAGUUAAGUCACGAUAUUUACGCGCUAAAUGUGGCGGGAUAUCAGUGGAAGACCUUAAAAACUUCAGACUUUGAUACGAAUGAACCACUACCAAGGCGCGGAAUAUCCAUGGUACUCGACACUAGCAACAGAUUAUACAUUUUCGGCGGAUCUACCGAUUCAGAAGAUUCUCAAAACUUGACCGCGAUUGUCGAUAACAAUAUGUAUAUUUUGAAUACCGGUUCCAUGAUCUGGAAGUCAGUUUUGCCAAAUCCACAGCUUCUUCCCCCGAAUCGAUACGAUUAUUCGGCUACUUUGUUGGAUGUUUAUAUUGUGUACGUGGGUGGUAAAACUGGUGUUGGUUCUUUUAUUAGAAUGAAUGAAAUAUGGAUAUUUGAUACAAGUAAUUCACAAUGGACGCUAGCUUCCGCAACCAAUUCACAAAAUGUGCCGAGUCGCGCUGGACACACCGCAGUAAAACUAAACAACGGACCGAACAAAAUUCUCGUAUACGGCGGUUACAACACCAGUUCUGCGGAGAUCACAAGCAACAAUGCAAUUGCAAUUUUGAGUACUUCAGACUUUAAGACAUUUAUUUGGUCAAUUCCAUCAAUCACUUUUCAAGAUCCGUAUUUACAGAAUUUGUCGAUACCGUAUUGGCAUUCUGCUACAACGUAUGGAAAUUAUAUGAUUGUCACGUUUGGUAAAUUACCACCGGAUGCACUUUCGAAACUACAAUCAAACAACACUUACAAUAACCCUAGGUACCCACUGAUCCUCAUUCUCAAUGCUACAAAUGAUGUCAGCGUACAAUGGAUGUCAUCCUCAGGCAAUCGUCCAUUACCAUUUGUUCCACCUUCAGAUAAUCCAACCGGGAAUCCAGCGAAAAACGAAACAAAGGACAGUGAUACGAAUACUAGUGACCAACAUGAUGAGAGGAAUGACAAUACUAAAACUAUAAUUGGAAUUAUAAUAGGAGGAGUUUUAUGUGUUGCGUUCAUACUUUUCCUUUUAUUAAAAGUACACCAUCGAGCAAUAGAUCGAAAAAAUCAGGAGGAAAGAGGAGAGACAAAACUUCCUUUAACUCAACAGGAACAAGAGGAACCGUCGUCUCCUUUACCUGAAUAUACUCCUCGAAUAGCGUAUCAUUAUGUACAACCGCAGAUUGUCCAGUAUCCUGUUAGUAGUUACAUGCAGCCACCACCCGGAUAUUCUUAA